AUGGAUAACUGCGAUGCCAAUGGGAUACCGGUAUUAAUUCAGUCACCGGAACGUCCCGCUAAUACGGUAAUAAGCUCUCUUUCUCUUCUCUCUCUCCAUGGGGUGUGCACACACACACACAACUACACAACUGAUAAAUUGAGCAAAAGUGAGGUGAGGUUUUUUUUCUCUUUCAUUCUUCUCAUGAUAAACCCCAUCGAACAAUCUUUGGUAUUCUAGAUCUUCUCCCCCUUAAUUCUCCCUGGAUCGAGUUUUUUUUUUGGAAGCUACCAAUUACUGUCAUGCUAACCUGUACCGUGCUGCUCGUGGCCGUGCCAAUGGGGUUUUUCCGCUGUGCCGUACUGUAACUAGUACUCUGGAUCACUCACUUUACGAGUAAGUACUACGGUACUUACUAGCUGGACCACAAAAAAGUCUUCCGUUUUCGAUAUGACAUUGCGGCUCGGAGGGAGAGAGAGGCAAGGGAAGGGGGGGUGGGAGAGGGAGGGAAGAGUCAGAUCAAUCAGAAGAGAAACGUUGAGCUAAGCGAUUGGCCCAACAACCCCCUUUUCCAACGUCUCUCAAUUUCCAUUCGUGGCGAGAAUCCACGAUCGACCUCCAUGCCGGUCCCCGGGUCAAAUGUAAUCGGCAUGGACAUGAUCAUAUAACUUCUCUCCUCUCCCUAUCAUAUCACAAACACAACACACACACAGCACCUUCCUUUGUCCCCAAGGCGGAUAGGAGCAACGUAUCGUUACCCUAACAGUUGUGUGCAGCGCGGUGCACAGUCAAUUGUACCAAACUACCCUUGCCGUAUGAUAACGGAAUUGUUAAGGGUGGUGGUGGUGGCGGUUGAGCAUAAACUGUGCUGCUCAAUCCAUCCAUCUAUCCGAGACCGUCCAUUUUCCCCGAUUCCCGUGCAAUUAUUUGAUUCUCGGGGAGGCGGAAGUCGGCUUACCUGGUGAGAGUCCACGGAGAGAUAAAUGGGAUGGAUGGGAUGGACGGAUUUGUCGUGGAGAAUGAUAUGUCACGUCACGUCGUUUUUUUCCUUAUUGAUAAGUACCCUACCGGAUACGGUAGGUUGUAUUGGAUUAGAUUUUUGGACGAGUUCUAGCCUUGCCUUAUCAACGCACUCGAUCACGAUUUAUUGGGUUGCCAAUUGACCUGGCGAGUGAGCGAGAGAGAGAGAGAGCAAGGGAGGAAGGUCCGAAUCCCAGUAUCCUACCGGUACUCUUUUUUUCUUUUUUUUUCUUUUCUCUCUCUCUCACAACCUUACGAUUGCUUUAGGUAGGUAGUUCUACUCGAGGACAGACAGAUAGGUAGAUAGAACGGAGGGAGGAUAGGGGUAGUCAGCGCAGAAUGAUACCAGCAUUAGCUGUGUAUACAAGAGUCACAAUUAUCCGA